AGAAUGGCCGCUCUCAUUUGAAAGUCGGCGUUGUUAUCGUGCAGUCGUCCGUCGGGUUAUCAAGCAUCGCGCCCCUCCAGUCGCCGCUCGAUGCACCAGUGGACCGAUAAGUCCGACCCACUACACACAAACAAACCAUCUAAUGUAGAACGAUUCCAUUAAAAAACACAAUAAACAAUCGCGAGUGAAGUUGUGCUCCAAAGUUCACAAUUUGGAUUUAAUCAGUUGGAAAUGCACAGCAGGAAGAUUAUUUUGUGCGCCAUUUUAGUUGCUGCGUGGCAGGAGACCCAGUCAGCAAAGUUGCCGCUGCCCCCCUCCCGUCUCGGCUACGACUAUGAAGUUGUGGGGGGCGAUGGCGAGGCUCGAGCCCCCAACGAGCUCAAGGUGAGGGAGGGGGUGCCGCCCCCCCUCUGCGCGGGGCGCUGUGGGGCGCCGCCCGCGGGGCCCGUGUGUGCCUUCGACGCCACCGGCACCGCGCGGACGUUUGCGACGCUAUGCGACCUGGAAGCAGCUUCGUGUCGUGAAAGCACAUAUUACGCGAUUACGAGCCUGGGCGAGUGUUGACGACGGGCGGGCGGGAGAACCUACAGAGCCGUCUCCUUAGUCUAAGCUGUACGCUGGAGUACGGCGAUAUACGGACAGUUAUCUUCAGACGUGACUACUUCAAGCCUAUAGAUGAGAAAACAGUACAAAUAUUCAUUUUUUCAGCUGGAAAAUGCCUACUAAACAUGACUCAUCACUCGAUCGAAACAGUUCUAAAAAGAUUAUGAAGAAGCAAUAAUUUCAAUGACGUGUCACGUGUUUAAUGCCUAUUUUCACGGUACUACCGGUCGAGUGGUAAAACUAAUUCCAGAUUAAGUACAUAGAGAGAUGGCCAUAACAAAUACAUAAGUCAUUCGUCAACCAGUUGUCAACAAACUUAAGAAAAUGUACAUUACCUUACAUUGUGUCUUUAAAUCUGUAAAAAUCCAACCAAAACCAGUGAGAUCAUUCUUUCGAGGUCUUCUACGAAAACGAAAUCCGUCAAUAAUGCAUAUAACACUUUUCGUCAUUGAUUCGUUCAAACUCCAAACUGUCGUAUUUCGUUUUUAUAAUAGACCGCUUUUCACUGCCUGACAGCUACUUUUCCGCUCAAAACUCAAUUCAAUCUGGCAUAGAGUUACAGUACUAUGAUUGGUCUAACAAAUUAAAUAUUAAAAACCAACCAAAAGUAGGUAUCAAUCUACCUUGAGAUUGAAUAGAGUUUAGAACUUCGUUCUGUAACGAACCUUAUCUUCUUACGGGGUUGCCAAAACGUACCUUUACUUUUGAAAAAACCAUUGGGUAGCAAACAUACUUUACUUUAUUAAUAAAAGGUGAGAUUCAAAGAUGGAAACUUUAAUUGUGGUUACUACCAGUAUAUGUUUUGUAUGUAGAUAGAUAUGUACCUACGUAAAUUAUAUCUUGUCAGUGUUCAUAAUGUAAACAAUACAGAUAACGAUGCCAUCAGAGCACUACAGUUCAAAGUCUUUUUUGAACCAAUGUUUUACAAAUAUUUUUACACAAAAUGAUUGUACCUACCUACUUGGUAAAAUAGUAACUGUGAACCUCAUGAAAAAUAUUAAAUUAAGGAAAACAUUUUAAUAUUUUACCAAUAAGUGUAGUAGGUAACUACAAAUCGUCUUCUCUAAUAGUAAUUUUAAAAAUUCAUAAUAAUCGGCAGUAAAAAGUUAUUUUUGAAACCUUUUCAUGAUUCAUAUUUUUGUCCUACCUGGCGUUGCAUUAUUAAAAUCUCUUGCCUUAGUUUCUUCAUAUGGUUAAUUAUCUCAGCUUUUAUAAGAUAACCCCAUGUAUAGUAAGAUUCAUAAUUAAGCUAAUUGAUAAUGAUAAUAAAGAGAUUACUAGAGAAGUUUGUAAUUUUAUAAAGUACUUUACGUCUUGUGUGGCGGUCAAGACAAUUUCCAAAGAUUAUAUAUUUUAGCUUUUUGUAUUACUCAAUAAGACUCUUGCCAAAGUUCCUAAAAUUCAAAAUUGUUACAUAAUUUAGGAUUGUAAGAUUUGAAACCAUUGGUAUAAUAUGAUUUUAUGAGAGUGGUAAAGAUUAGUGUAAUUCUUAUUUUAUUUAUUGUGUACAAAGUACGCGU